CAUGACAGUUUUCGCAUUUCACAAUGCAAGGGUAGUUUAGUAAUCUUUGAAUUUCCCCUUCCCCAAGCGAUGCAUCUUUACGGUGCGUACCCUUCCAUUUUCACUAUAUAAAAUUAUAAAUAGGACACAAAUUGCGUGUAGAGAGAGAAAGACACAUAUCACAGAGUGGUGCGAGAGAGAGAGAGAGAGACGGUGUUUUCUUCUGUAACUUCCAUUUGCUUCAAGCCUUUUCAAGGAAUCCAAAGAGGUUGUUGCCAAUGACUAAAAAGCAAACGAAGGUUCCUUUCAGCAAGGAAGACGCUGCUUCUCUGUUGCAAAGGUAUGAUGCAGAAACUGUUUUGGUGAUGCUUCAGGAAUUGGCGAAUCAUCCACACUCUAAGUUCGAUUGGGAGGAGUUGGUGGCGAAAACCACAACAGGAAUUUCCGAUGCAAGAGAGUAUCAGAUGCUGUGGCGUCAUAUAGCGUAUGGUCACUCCUUCACUGAAAACGAAAAUGAAGAUGCUCCACUGUUGCAGGAUGAUGAUAGUGACUUGGAGUGUGAACGAGAAGCAUUACCCCGUGUAAACAAGGAAACUGCUGCGGCAUGUGUAAAGGUAAUGAUAUCAUCUUUUAAGCUGAACGAGUGCAUCUCUACUAGCUCAGUGAUUCAGGCACCAUUAACUAUAAAUGUUCCAGUCCUUGAUUCAACUACAAUUGCUAAAGAAAGUUCACAAUCCUCUAAUCUAAGGACGCAAGAGACAGAAAUUAUUUUUCCAGUUACUGUUAAGAGAAAGCCACUGCCCCCCAAUAUAAGAGCUGUUGAAACUGGUGGAGGGUUAGUCAGUAGCGACACAUCCAUUAAAAAGAAAAGAUCAGCGUGGUCAGAGGAAGAGGACAUGCAACUACGGGCAGCUGUUCAGAAGUGGGGUGAAGGGAAUUGGGCGCAUAUGGCUAAAAGAGAUGACUUUCCUAUUAAGAGAAGUACCUCACAGUUGUGUAAGAGGUGGAGCACCUUACGAAAGAAAGAGGAUGGCACCAGUUGAUAAAUCAUCUCAACAAAGCUUACAAUCUACCGCCGAAAGAUUCGUUUGUUUUUAUCCAUUUACCAAACAAUUCAAAAUAUUCAAUUUAAAUUUUUGUUCAAUUAAUUAUUAGUGAUUUGUUUCUAUCCUAGGCUAAUCUAAUUUUAUUCUGGGAAUGUAUACAUAAUUACAAUACAUAAAUAUACUUGGUUUCAACAUUCCCAAUUCAAAUGAAGCAAAAUAACUCUUUAAUUUGAAUGAAUCAAUA